CACGGGACGGCGCUGCGCCCGCCGCACCCCGCCGGCGUGCGUCGUGCGCUACCCGCGCCCGCGCCGCCUCCCACUAAGGCUGAGCGUCGCUGUGCCGGCGUCCCCCUCCUUUACCCGCUAUCCUUUCAAUCACCCUUGCAUCCGUCAUUUCUUCUAACCCCUCUCUUGCCUUCCUAAGUUCCUACCCCAUUCCCCGCUCGGCUCCGGUCCCCCACCGACGCUUCCGCUUCGUGAUACUGAUCCGACUAACCGAGCGAUGGACGGACGAGCGUGCCUCGCGACUGAACGCACGUCCGUUCACCCACAUGUAAUAUUACUACUAUAUUAGAGAUACUUUAUCUACACCUCGAUCACACAACACUACUAACAUAAUCACACGUAUAGAUGUUAUUUUUACACCAAAAUUUAUGCGUAAUGUUAAGACGUUGUUACGUAAGUUAUAUAUUGGCUUUAUUAUAAUUGUCCUGUAAAUACUACCUACCUACAUUCUACUUACAUUAUGACUAUACUGCUACCUACCGCUACGAUCGUUCGCAGCUUUACCGAUGUACAAAAACAGUAGGAAGAUUAGUUUUGUAUAGACACUGGCAUGUCUUCGAGACCUGACACAUGAAUGCGAUGCAUAUGUGCCACCGGUUAUGACUGUGGCAGCGCGGUGGCGAGGAGCGUCCCCUUGCUGGUCGCUCACUGGUGACAUAAUUGCAGGUGAUUGCAGUGAUAUCGAUCCUCUUCAUCGUGCUGUCCACGAUAGGGCUCACUCUCAACACGAUACCUCAGAUGCAAGUGUACGACGAGAAGGGCGCGCCCAUGGACAACCCGCAGCUAGCCAUGGUAGAAGCCGUGUGCAUCACGUGGUUCACGCUCGAGUAUGUGCUGCGAUUCAGUGCCUCACCGGAUAAGUGGAAGUUCUUCAAAGGUGGACUCAACGUUAUAGACUUACUGGCUAUACUGCCAUAUUUCGUAUCUCUUUUUCUGCUCGAAACGAAUAAGAACGCGACGGACCAGUUUCAAGACGUACGUCGCGUUGUACAAAUCUUCCGUAUAAUGCGAAUACUGCGUAUCCUCAAACUCGCCCGACAUUCUACAGGGCUUCAAUCGCUCGGUUUUACACUCAGAAACUCUUAUAAAGAACUGGGACUGCUCAUGCUGUUCCUUGCAAUGGGAGUGCUCAUAUUCUCUUCAUUGGCAUAUUUCGCCGAAAAGGAAGAACCGGGGACUAAAUUCAUUUCCAUUCCGGAAACGUUCUGGUGGGCCGGCAUCACCAUGACCACAGUCGGAUACGGUGACAUUUACCCCACGACCCCGUUGGGCAAGGUCAUCGGCUCAGUUUGCUGUAUUUGCGGCGUGUUGGUAAUUGCGUUACCCAUCCCGAUUAUCGUCAACAAUUUCGCCGAGUUUUACAAGAAUCAGAUGCGGCGCGAAAAGGCGCUAAAGAGGCGGGAGGCGCUUGAGCGCGCUAAGCGCGAGGGCUCCAUCGUUUCCUUCCACCAUAUAAAUUUGCGCGAUGCCUUCGCCAAGAGCAUGGAUCUCAUCGACGUCAUCGUAGACACAGGACACAACCUGUCGCAGGCGGAUGCCACUAGCUUGGAAGGGGAAGCACCCGCUACCACCGGCUGCUACAAACAAUACGAGCAUGCAAUCUCCAAUAAGAUACCCCAGAGUACUGAACCCAACCAGUUUCAGAGCAGUCCUAAGAAAGAGCGCCGGUAUUCUAACGAAGGCCCGGACACGCCGGAGAAACGCUUGCUCAUAAAUCCUGAUCCAACACCAGAAAAGAAGAUGGCUGACAAACAGCUUGACUUGGAUCAGCUGCCUUCUGAGUUUGAAUGUUGUUUUUGCACGUUCAAGGGGUACAAGGAGUUCAUAGACGCAGAGCAAUUAAUGCCGAUGUCAACUUCGGAUCUGCGGCAACCGGUGUGUGUGGAACUAGCCUGUUUGCAGCGGCACCCCGCUCCCAAGGCCUUGCCUGAGGCCACGCCUAACAGCCUCGACAGCCCUGAUACAUUUGCAUCAUGCCUUACGCACCCUUUUCCUUCAGAGGGCGACAUCGCAUGCGAGAACGACUCGUCAAACUUGUAUGUGAACCCUCUGGAUGGUAGCGGCGGCGGCUCGGGGGGCGGGGGGUCGGAGUUUAACGGUGUACGCAGGAGUGCGUCGGGGGACGGGAGCAUGGAGGGGGGCGGGUUGUGUGCGCAAGGUUCGCAGUCGCAAGGCGAUGCGUCCGCGUCGCCGCGGGGUUCGCGCGGUAGCCUAGAGCCGCCGCGCGAGCCUCAGCCGUUACCCGCAGAGGAGCCGCCCGACGACGCUAAGCCCAAACAUAGGAAGGCGCGCUUCCAACAGGAAUGGACGGAGGAGGAGAAGAGGCCACCGAGAGGGAUAGCUACGAGGAUAAUCAAUCACCAUAUACUUUUUGGUAAAAACGGCAAUAAGCGAGGCGGCGGCUGGCCGUUGGAAGGCGACUCUCGCUCGCGCUCUAUACUGAAGAACAAGGAGGCGCGCGGCACGGACAGCGAGCUGCUGCUUCAAGAAAGUACCUCCCUCGGGGCUAACGGUGAUUCGGGAAGUGAAUCGUCGCCUAUUCGACUGAAAGACUUCAAAGGGCAGAAUCACAAGGGCGGUGCGCAGGAGCGCGACAGCCUCGUCUCGUAGGCCUUCGCCCCCCACACCCUCGGCCAAUGACUACCGCAGUUAUACUUAGAUCGCAAUAAACUAUUGAAAAAUAUAUAAAUAAUUUUAACAUAUCAUUGGGCGAUUGUGACUGCUUGUUGAAUAUAGAUUUUCAUUUGUAGGGUUAUAAAUAAUGUAAAAAAAAAAACUAUAUUACGUAAUGUAAUAAUCGUUCAUUCCAAUCGAAAAGUUGAAGGUACCUAUUUGUUAAGUUUUUUUACGUGCAAUUAUUAAUUGCUAAUUCUAAUUUAAGCGAUAUAGUUUGUACAGCAUAGUUGAUGAAAAAAAGAAGCAAUUAUUAAAAUUAAAGAUUUUCUGAAAUUGUUAGACUUUUUUUAAUUUCGUCCUUGUCCUCGUUUAUUUUUAUUUUAUUUAUUUACUUAAUUAAAAUAUUAAUUAAAAUAGAGUAAGGAUAUAAUUUUAAUAACUUGGGUAAAAAAUAAAGCCCGUAUAGUCAACAAUGAUAUUUAUUUGGAAGCUAAAUUCUUUUUUCUUCACAAUAGUCAUGUACUAAAAGUGUAGAGUAGAAAUAUAACAUAAACUUCGUAUUUAACAUUUUUCAUUAUUAUUAAAGUGCUAGUGUUAAGAAGUAGGCAUUUUAGCCUCUGUACAUCACAAAAUAUAUCAAUAUCAUUAUCAUAAUAUUCCGAAACCCAAUUAGCGCACUUUUUGUGAAAAAAACAUGCCUACAUACAUACAUACAUACAUACCGAAACCGUACACCCAAUUAAGGCAAUAUCACAUAUUUUACAAAAAAAAACUAUUGGAAUUAUCAAAUAAUUUAUACUGUGGUCCAAAAAUAAUACUAAUAAUUAAUUAUCAUAAAAAAACACUUAACAAAUAAUUUAAUACUUCUUUACAAUAAAACGUAGAUAAGUUGAGUUAAAAUAACAUAAAAUUAUGAAAUCAUUAAAAAUACUUUGGUUUGCGUUGAGUAAACAUGUAGACCACUCCACUACGCACAUUACGAUACGGUUAGUGCAGAAAUAGCGAUUAAAACAGCCAUAGACAACUGAACGAGCGUUACAUAAACAGAGUAAGGAUAUCUCCAUUCGAUGAGAAAUUAAUAUCAAGGUUAUUACACAUCAUUUGUUUUUCGUACAUAUAUUUAUAUUAGUUUAAGUUAUAAAGAGUUUA